AUGUAUGAUAAUCACUUAAGCGGUAAUACAACUUUACGUGGCCCAAGACCAUUCCAACAAGCGAAAGAGCAUAUACCCACAUGGUCAAGGCAAUCAAGGCAAACUCGCAAGCCAAUAGAAAUGAUUGUGCCUUCACUUCAAGAAAAUGAAAAAGUACAGAUAGACUCUGACAGUCAUCAUCAUUCAUCAGGAAGAGUGCCCCAAAGGAAGCUGUCAAAGAUAGAGGCUAACAUAUACCCUAAAGUACCAAUAAGUGACGACGAGGAAGAAGACCUUAAAAAAGAGAUAGAAUUAUGCCUAAAGGACUUAAGUAGCGCUCAUCGUGCUGCUGUGUUAUCAAAAAUAACAGUAAAUACAGACACUGUAGAUAGCGAUGAAGAAUCUGCCCCUGAGCCGACUGUAACUAAAAAUAAUCUUCCCUCAGUACCACAAAUUUUAGCGCCUGGAUACGACGAUGAUGAUGGCGAUGAAGAAAAGCAGGAUAUGAGCAAUCAAUCACACUCUCAUGGAAAUGAUAAAACAAAUAGACCACAGUCUAAGCUACCGCCCAUCCCACAGAUAUCAGCACCUGGAUAUGAUGAUGAUGAAGAUAACAAUAGCUCAAACAACACUUCUAUACCACAGAUUUCUGUGCCUGGGUAUGAUGAGAAGAAAAAAGUGGAACGUGAGCCCGAAAAAGAGUCAGUAUAUGAAAGCAUCUUUUUUACCGUUCGUUGCAGUGGAUGCCACAAACCUCUUAGUGGUCAAGCGUUUACUACAGCAGGUAAUCAAUGGCAUGCAAAAUGCUUUAAAUGUCAAGUAUGUAAACAGCCCUUGGAGCAUAUUGCAUUUUAUGAAAAAGACGGACUCCCUUAUUGUGCACUUGAUUACCAUGAACUUUUCAGUCCUCGUUGCGACUACUGUAAGACGCCUAUUGAAGAACACUCUAUUUCGGCACUAGGCAAGUCAUAUCAUCCUGGUCACUUCUUUUGUCGUGAAUGUGGAAAGCCAUUUCAAGAAGAUUCUAGUUUUUUGGAGCAUGAUGGACAUGCAUAUUGUGAAAAGGAUUACUACAAGAAAUUUGGUAAAAAAUGCAAAGGAUGUGAAGAAAUUAUCACAGGAGACUUUCUGGUAGCAUUGGGCGGUGAAUGGCACAAGGAAUGCUUUGUGUGUUCCGAUUGUGGUGCAGCAUUUAGCUCUCGUACAUUCUUGAUUAGAAACGGCAAACCUUAUUGCGAAGCGCACUAUGACUCUAUUUUGUCUGUAACAUCGCAAGAGAAGAGAAAGAAAGAAACGCCACUAUUACCUAAAAUGUUUGAAAAAGGCAUUGAUAAAAAUGUACAAGUAGAAAACAAAGUGUGUCAUAAUUGCCAUGAGCCCAUCACUGGCAGAUGCUCUAGCGCUUUCGGAAAGGAUUACCACCCGCUCCACUUCCAAUGCUCCGAAUGUCACAAAUUACUGUCCGUAAGGGUUACAGGAUUAUAUCAAGAAAAAGAACCAGGAGAGCUCAUUUGUAAAAGUUGCGCACGUAAAAGCAAUAAAAGAGCAUUGUAA